AUGGGGAAGACGUCCAAGUUCACAUUCCCCAUCCCGGGAAAGAAGCAAAAGCCAGGCAUCGGGCCCAUCGUGUCGGGGCCCAUGUCAAAAGCACAGAAGAUUCUGGGCACGGCUGAACUCAACAUCGACGCACCGCAAUGGGACGACAUGUCGAAUUCGGGAAUUAGCAUCUCCAUAUCCGAAAGCACCGCAACUACGAGCUACUACACUAAUGAUCGAGCGCUGCAGACAGUCGGCGAAGAGGAGGAAUACGUUGGCAAAGGCCGAAGUAAUGCGCGAUGGGAAUUGGAGUCGGAAACGGUGCCGGCAUAUCUGCGAUCGGGUCGCAACUCGAGAUUGCCAGACGGCGAUGGCACUAUUCGAGACUUGAUGUCUGAAACGUCAAGUCUGAGGAGACGGCAGUCAAACUCGACGCUUCGAUCAUGGUAUGACAAGGCCAAGAUGCCUCUGUCCAUCUCGCAACAAACAUCAGCCUCCGCCAUGGCCAAAGGGCUGCCCUCAAAGGCGAGUGCAUUGCUGGACGCAGAUACCCACGGCAACGUCAGUUCGACAGCAUCAACGACAUCAAAAUCAAAAAGACCAAGCAGACUGGACCUGUCGCACCUCAUGCCUGGCCGACAUCGUCGAGAAAGCCAGUACGGGGAGUCCUCUCCGCGCAGUACGCUCGGACACGAUUACGUGACUAAGUCUCCCUCAACAACCUCAAUUUCGCCUGCAACACCAUCACCAGAUCAGCAAAGACACACCAAGAGGCUCCUCAGGAAGCCAACGAAGGAGCGCCUUGCUGAAACAGUCGUCGCACAACGGCCGACGACUGGGUCGAGCAGUCAAAGAAGUGUGCCCGGUCACGGAUUGAAUUCGCCCAGGGACCUGUACGACCACUACGAGCAAGCUACUUUCCGUCAGUUCAUGGAAUCGCCUGAAGGAGAAGAGGAAAAGAUGGAUAUACCAGACUUUCCGCAGGCGCCUGUGGGGCCGACACCCCUUAAAUCACCAUCACAUCCACGGAACAACGUCGCGAAUCCUAUCAUUCAAGAGCCGCUGACCGCAGCCCCUGGUUUACACGGGGCAAACAGCAGUGCUGAAGUGCAGUGUGCUCGAGCCUUCUCGUCUGUACCACAGGCGUCAGUCGCCGACAACGACUACGCCUCGAGCUUUGCUAGCGUAUCCAGCCGUCAUACGAAGACGUCAAAAGCGUCGAAGCACACGAAUCAGAGUCUUGCGGAUUCCGAUAGACAGGAGCGAAGUGUCUUGUCGUUAUCUUCUGACUCGGAGGAGGAUGAUAGUCUUGUUGAAACUGCAUCGAGAUCAACGCAGUCCGUGUCGAGUUUUGGGCGGGCCUCAAGAGACACGCCAACAAGCCCAACCACCACUUCGAGAAAGUCGAUUGCAUCUCGCGGUGAGUCUGUAGCCAGUGGGUCAGAGAAGAAGACUGGCAAGCGUGCGAGCUUCGCUUUGACGCCAACGUACCUUACCAUCCCCACUUCUACACCGGCAGCCAAACCUACGUCUGUCAAUCUGAGGACCAGCUCACUGCACAGAGGCAACCUACAACAGCAACAGCAGCACUUGCAACGUUCACCCUCCAGCCGAGCGUCAUCCCGAAUCUCUACCAUGUCAGCUUCGACGACGAACUCGGAUUGGCAAGCGCAGACUGGUUUCGAGGUCAAGGAAGCGAAAGCUGUCAUGGUUCGGCCAGUAGCGUCAACAUCUCAGUCGUUGGCCAGCGAGCCUCGAAGCUCGCCUGAGGGCAAGCUGUCUGGAAGGAAAACCUCGAUGCGCUCUGGAGAGCAACCGACGCCUCCGCUCAGCCCUACAUCACUCGACUUCUGCGUCGAGCCUGAGAGCUCUAUAGACGCUAGCAGCAGUCAGAACCCCAGACUCAUGGCAGUCACCCGCCAGGAACAGAUGCUGCUGGCAGCUCUCCGCUCGAAACGUGCCAUGAUGCGAGAGACGCUGAUGGCGGAAUUCGAAGGCGAAAGCCAGCAAGCCCAUGGGUACGGCCACAAGCAUACUUCUUCACAAGCAACGAUCAAAGGCUCAGCCUACCCAGAACCGACGCAGACGCUGCGGCAUCAGGGUUCCGGCACGUCGACCGGCACAAUCAAGUUGGACAGUCGAGGCUCCGACAGGAAGCGAGAAUCCAGCAACUCCAGCAAGCAGCACGGAUAUCGCCAACGAAGCUCGGGCGGCACUGCAACGAGAUCGUCAUCAUCGCGCAGUGGUUCGGCACCGGCGUCCAAGGCUAGCAGUCUGAAGAAGGCCAGGUUCGCCGGAGACAGCCCGCCCUCAGCGAAUGACGAGGGGCGGCAUGAACGAGUGCUGUUGUAUCUUGACAGGCCGAAACGCAAUGUGACCUCGAUGGAUCUAGCCGAACCGAGCCCUGACUUGAGCGACUUUAUGGAUUUUGACGGCAUAAGCGACGAAGAGGAUGAGAAGACGGGCGAAGAUUACCUUUACUCCCACGAAAGCCGAAAUCGGGUGGAGGCCGGACGACUCUCAGCUAGUCGCGCCAGCAGCCAGCGCCGUCGAGCGGGCGAGGCAAGUCGACCUUCCUCCAGCUCGGCUCCCAGCAAGUCGAAAAGCCCGCUGUCACGAUCGGAACGGGCCAGCAUGGUGGGAGAUGUCGAAGAGAACAUGGAAGAGAGACAAAUAAUGUCUGCAGCAGCACUUGAUGUGCCCGAAAUGGGGAGAAAGAAGGCUGCUCGGCUAAGUGCCGUCGGCCGAGCUGGACCGGAAGUGGGAUGGUGGGGUGACGACGGUUGA